AUGCCAUACCUAGCAACAGCCCAAGAAUGGCUCACGCAAUCCACCCUCCUCCUCCAAGCGCGUCCCUCCACUACACGCAUAACAACAAAAUACACCCACGCCAGCACAAUCGCCAAAAAAUCCAAAUCGAAACCCCGCCGCAACGCACCACCCACCGAAUCUACAGCCCUGCUCACACUGAAAACCUACGAUCCAGCCAGUGGCGCGACGUUGAAGUACGAGACGGAUAAGGCGGCGGAGGUGGGGCGGUUAAUGAUGAUAUUGGGGCGGUUGGGGCGCGGGAUGGCGGGGCUGGAGGUCAGGGAGGAGGGCGCGGAGGGGGAAGUUAAAGAGGAGGUGAAGGAGGAGGGCCGGGAGGAUGGGAAGGUGCUUGGAGGGGCAGGGGAUGGGAAGGCGGCUCAGCAGGGUGGAAAAGCGGCGGGUGGUGCUGCAGGUGGUGGGGGGAAGGGGAAGAAGAAGAAGGGGAAGAAAUGA